CUUCCCUUUCUUGCAAAACGGUUCCGUUCGCCAGCCCUUCCUCCGGGGAGCCCUGCAGCCCUCUCUCCGCACAAUUCGGAUUACAAUCCUUUCUUCCCGUUGCAGACGGCUCUGGCCAGCAAAUAGCGGAUCGGAAACCCCCUCCCCCUCGGCACCCGGAUGGCUGCUUGAUGGUCCUCUGCCUCCUUCACUGCAAAGGAUGGACAGUGCUCACUGACUGGGGGAAGGAAGAGUGGGAUUCUAAAGCCCCACCCUGCGGAGGUGCUGCCAUCUCAGCUUUGGAAUGAGGGGACGGAUGUGACCAGCAGUGGCCGCGAUGAGAGCAAUAGCCACCGGGUGGCGCCUCCCCUGCUGAUAAAAAUGAUCAACAAGUCCCGAUGGAAGAUGAUCUUAGGGCUGGCGUUCUUUCUGGUGAUGGCGUGGUACUAUAUAUCCCGCGAAGAAAGGUACAUACAUCUUUUUUCUUUCCCCGUGCAAGAUGUCCGAACGACGUGUCCCCGAGGAGAGAUGGAAAAGAAAGCCACGCUGCUCAUAGGAAAUUACACACGGGAUCAUCCAAUGUUUUUACACCUAAAUGAUUACUUUUGGGUGAAGAACCGGUCGCCGUAUGAGUUGCCAUAUGGGACUAAAGGAAGCGAAGACAUUCUCCUCCGGGUGUUAGCGAUCACCAGCUACUCGGUGCCCGAAAGCAUCCAAAGCAUGAAGUGCCGACGAUGUGCAGUGGUGGGGAACGGACACCGGCUCCGAAACAGCUCCAUGGGGGAAGCAAUCAACAAAUACGACGUGGUGAUCAGGUUGAACAACGCGCCGGUUCAUGGGUACGAGGCGGAUGUGGGCUCCAAAACCACCAUGCGCCUGUUUUACCCAGAGUCCGCGCACUUCGACCCCAGACGGGAAAACAACCCGGAUACUCUGCUGGUGCUGGUGCCAUUUAAACCGAUGGAUUUCCAAUGGCUGGAGAUGAUCCUCAAUGACAAGAAGCGAGUUCGCAAGGGAUUCUGGAAGCAGCCCCCUUUAAUCUGGGAUGCCAAUCCUGAGCAAGUGCGAAUUCUGAACCCUUACUUUAUGGAAAUUACUGCUGCUAAAUUGCUUAAUCUUUCCAUGAAGCAACCGCGGAAGAUUAAACAGAAACCAACGACGGGAUUAUUAGCCAUCACGUUGGCAUUGCACUUCUGUGACCUGGUACAUAUCGCAGGCUUUGGAUACCCCGAUUCUGCCAAUAAGAAACAGACGAUACAUUACUACGAGCAAAUCACACUAAAGUCAAUGGCCGCGUCGGAGCACAAUGUCUCGCACGAGGCAUUAGCAAUAAAAAGGAUGCUUGAAUUAGGUGUCCUCAAGAACCUUACGCAGUUCUGAUGGGACGUGGACUAGAAUUUCCCUGCAUUGCCUUGGCCUCCGCCUUGGCUGCCUGUCAC